GGCAGUGGAGGCGGCGGCUACAGUGGCUUUGGGACGGUGACGGAGAGCGCAAGCCCGGCGACCCUUCUCUCCCUACCCCUACCCCCAGAUGCUGUGCCCCCCCUGACGCUGCCCCGACCCCGACCCCGCCGGGACGAUGGUGAAGUAUUUCCUGGGGCAGAGCGUGCUCCGGAGCUCCUGGGACCAAGUGUUUGCUGCCUUCUGGCAGCGUUAUCCCAACCCCUACAGCAAGCAUGUGCUGACGGAGGACAUUGUGCACCGGGAGGUGACUCCUGACCAGAAGCUGCUGUCCAGGCGGCUUCUAACAAAGACCAACAGGAUGCCCCGCUGGGCGGAGCGCUUCUUUCCUGCCAAUGUAGCUCACUCGGUGUACAUCCUCGAGGACUCUAUCGUGGACCCACAGAACCAGACCAUGACCACUUUCACCUGGAACAUCAACCAUGCUCGGCUGAUGGUGGUGGAGGAAAGAUGUGUUUACUGUGUGAACCCUGAAAAUAGUGGUUGGACUGAAAUCCGACGGGAGGCCUGGGUCUCCUCCAGUUUGUUUGGGGUCUCCAGAGCUGUACAGGAAUUUGGCUUAGCUAGAUUCAAAAGUAAUGUGACCAAGACCAUCAAAGGCUUUGAGUACAUCCUGGCCAAACUGCAAGGUGAAGCACCUUCUAAGACACUUGUUGAAACAGCUAAGGAAGCAACUGAAAAGGCAAAGGAAACUGCUCUAGCAGCUACUGAGAAAGCCAAGGACCUGGCCAGCAAGGCAGCCACCAAGAAGCAGCAGCAGCAGCAGCAACACUAUGUUUAAAGGAAUCGCCCUACCGCUUUCCCUGCAACAAAAAGGCCCUGCUGCCUUCCCAGAUCGCCAGUCCCUAAAGCUGAGAGCCUCUUGGCAAGACCUGGCAUUGGUCAUUGGACCCAGAGCUCCAGCCCCUGAGCAGACCAUCAGUAUAACUCAAGCCCAUAGACAAUCCUGCUCUUGUUCCACUAUCCGCCCUGUGUCCGAGUUGUAAUUUAUCAUUAAAAAUCAAUUUUCAAUCCUG